ACUCUUUGUUUUGAACUAAAUAAAUAUAGACAUGACAGGUUCUUCUGGACUUCCAAAGUUGUGCCAACGAAUCUCCUGGGUUUCCAAGAAGUUGAAGUCAAACCUGCUAGCACUCCAAUGGCUGCCAUGAAAGGGCCUGAAGACGUUGCAAGUGUCGACGUCUAUACAGCAAAAGGUCUCCUCAGUAUAGGUCACCGUUAUCUGGAUGUCAGGACGAUUGAGGAGUUCAACAAGAGCCACGUUGAAAAUGCCAUGAACAUUCCUUUCAUGCUCAUCACAGAAGAAGGUAGAGUGAAAAACCCUGAAUUUCUCACCCAAAUUUCCUCAACGCUCAAGAAAGAGGAUCACUUGGUCGUGGGUUGCAACAGUGGAGGAAGAGCACUUAAAGCUUGUGUUGAUCUUCUUAAUGAAGGUUUCCAGCAUGUGACCAACAUGGAAGGAGGCUACUCCUCUUGGGUGGACAGUGGACUUGCCGGUGACAAACCCUCCGACGAGUUGAAAGUCGCUUGCAAGUUCCGCCCUUGAAAAUUACGCAAAUUAAUUUGUUCAGCUUUUCUAUUUGUAAAAGCAUCUUCAAUGAAAGCCUUAAAUUAAAGGUGUCAAAUUUGUUUUUGGAGGCUUA